AUGGCUUCAUUCGCGCUCCCCGGCCUGAUCCAGGUCUUUUUCGGUCCGUUGGUCAUCUACGUCCUCUACUACAUCCAUUGGGAGCUCACCAUCGGCGCAUCUCGCCGUGCCAUGAUCAAAGAGCAUGGCUGCAAGCCCAUGAAACACAGUCCCGAGCUCAACUCAUUCCCCGACAACAUAAUCGGCAUCAAGGCGCUCAUGGGGAAUGUAAAAGCCGCCCAGGAGCAUCGAUUGAUGGCUCAUAACAGAGCCCGGUUCUUGAGAAUUGGAAACAACACCCACAUGAAAUUCAUCUUCACUGACCUCAUGCAAACCAAUGAACCCGAGAACAUCAAGACCAUUUUAGCCUUGGAUUUCAAAAGUUGGGGCCUGGGAAAGCGCAGAAAAGACGCUUUCGUCCCUCUUCUUGGCCAUGGCAUCUUCACCACCGACGGCGCCGCCUGGCAUAAUUCUCGCGAGCUCCUGCGCCCCAAUUUCGUCCGCAGCCAAGUCGGCGACCUCACCACCUUCGAUAUCCAUAUCGAUCAACUUAUCAAAGCCAUUCCCAAAGAUGGUUCGACCGUCAACCUGCAGGAUCUCUUUUUCAUGUUGACAAUGGAUUCAGCUACGGAGUUCUUGUUCGGCGAAUCGACAAAUUGUCUCGCUCCAGAAUCAAACCAUGACAACACCGAGUUUGCAAAAGCUUUCAACAGGAGUCAGGAGGCGAUCGCUGAAACUUUCCGAACCGGCAAAAUUGGAGGAUGGCUUCGUGGGUCAGCGACGAAGAACGAUAGGAAGUACUGCCAAGAUUUCGUCGACAAGUUCGUCCGGAAAGGGUUAGCGUACAGAAAGACACUCGAUCUUGAGAAGACGGACGCAAAAGCUGAUGACCGUUACGUUUUCUUGUACGAGCUGGUCAAGAAGACGACGGACCCAGUCCAGCUUAGAUCAGAGCUUAUGAACAUCCUUCUAGCGGGCCGAGACACGACGGCUAGUCUUCUGAGCGAUACAUGGUUUGUACUUGCUCGGAGGCCGGAUAUUUGGGCGAAGCUGCGCGAGGAGGUGGAUGCGCUGGGAGGGGAGAAGCCGACAUUCCAGCAGAUCAAGGAUAUGAAAUACUUGAAAUGGGUUCUGAACGAAUCACUACGUCUCUACCCAGUAGUACCAGGCAACACCCGCAGGGCCGAAGUCGACACCAUCCUCCCUCGCGGCGGCGGCGAGGAUGGCAAAUCACCUCUCUUCAUCCCCAAAGGCCAAUACGUGCAAUGGUCUCUCUACACCAUGCACCGCCGAAAAGAGUUCUACGGCGAGGAUGCCGAAGAAUUCAAGCCUGAGAGAUGGGAGACGCUGAGGCCUGGCUGGGAGUACCUACCGUUUAAUGGAGGACCAAGAAUCUGCAUUGGACAGCAAUUCGCACUCACAGAAGCUAGCUAUACGACGAUCAGACUGAUGCAGGAAUUCAAGAGUAUUGAGAGUAGAGAUGAUAGGCCGUGGACAGAGUCGUUGACGCUCACUUGUGCUAUCGAUCAGGGCACGAUUGUUAGCUUGACGCCGAUGUGUGCGUGA